CAAAAUAUAUAUCAAAUUCAAUUCACUUGAUAACUUUUGAAUCUGAUCUUAGUUCCUUACUCAAGAAAAAUGGCAAAAAAUACAAUACACAUUUUAGGACUCUUAUUAUUAGCUAUGGUUGUUCUCAAUCCUUCAAAAGUAGCUGCUACUAGAAAUUAUCCUGAAAUUUCUUCUAACUCUAAAGCAGAAAAAUGGGAAAGAAAUGAUGGAUCGUUAUAUAAGAUUGAAAAGGAAGCGUGCGUCAAACUGUGCUGUUCGGCCUGGGGGUGGGCCUGUAUAUGUUGCCAGAAACUAUCAUCUACAGAAAAAAUAUCCAAAUCAAAUGGUAAUGAAGUAGAAGGUUCUGGUGGAAUAGGACGAGUUAAGCUGCUGGGGGCUCCAGGCCAAUAGAUUGCAAGAUAUGUGGCGAAAGGAAAUUCUGCUAUGCUUGUUAUUGCAAUUUGCAAGGGACCUCCUCCUAGCAUAGUUACUGUACCAGAAUAAUAAUUUAUGAGCAUUUUAUAUAUAUGGUUUGUGUGUUGCUUUUUUAAAUAAAAUAUUGAAAGAGGAGGAAUAGAAUAAAAAUUGUAUUGAUGGAAAAUAAAAGAAAAUGAAGUCAGUCUUUACUGAUA